AUUAUCAUUAACGACAGUACUUGGGCGAGGGCAGGCUGUGUCGCUCCGCUCCGUGCCGUCCGCCAGCGUCCGCGCGCUGCGCUGAGAGCCUUCGCCCCCUCGUGUGCGUGCGUGCGUGUGUGAGUGUGUGCCAUGCGACCUGGAUACGCAGCAGUGAUAUACAGUGAAGUGAUGAUGUGCUGACGCUGAGGUUCUGUUCGGCUCCUGCAAGUGGCCGGCCUAGCCGGCCAGCCACCACGCUGAAUUUCUCGGACCUCGGCAGCCCGUUCGGAGCGGGUGGCUCGGGGGGCGGCGGCUCCAACGCGCCGACACCUGGCCCCAUGGGCACCGGCGAAGGCCUGGACCCCGUGGGUCCCCCUCCGGGACCCCAACCCCAGCACCCGCACAUGCUGGGCCUGGGGCCGGCGACGCCCCACGAGUCCUCGCCCCAGCACCCCAACAAGUCCGCCUUCAUCGAGCUCCAGCAGCAUGGGCUGCCCGGAGGACCUGGGGGGCCUGUCGGCCCCUACAACCCCGCCCUGCGGUAUCACCCGCACUCGCACCACUUCCAGCACCAAGGAAUGGGCUCGCCCGGGGGCGGCGGAGGCCCGCCCGUGCCGCACCCGCACCACCCCCACGACACGCCGCCCCCCUUCGUGUCGUCCCCCAGGUCGGCGCUGAGCGCCUACCCCUUUCCCCCCAUGCACCAGAACUCGUACCCAGGAUACCACCUGGGUUCCUACGCCCCCCAGUGCCCGUCGCCCGGCAAGGACGACUUGGACGGCUCGUACCUGGACGAUAAAUGCCUAGACGAUGGAAGCCUACGGGUCAACGGCAAGGGCAAAAAGAUGCGGAAGCCACGGACUAUCUAUUCAUCCCUUCAGCUUCAGCAGCUCAACAGACGCUUUCAGCGGACGCAGUACCUGGCCUUACCAGAGCGGGCGGAAUUAGCGGCCUCUCUAGGAUUAACGCAAACUCAGGUGAAGAUCUGGUUCCAAAAUCGGCGGAGUAAAUACAAGAAGAUGAUGAAGGCUGCGCAGCAGGCCGGCGGUGGCCACAACAACAACAACAGCAGCGGGGGCGGCGGGCUGCAGCCUGGCUCGGCCCUGCCCGGCCCCCACAGUCCUCAGCCCCCUCACAUGGGAGGUGAGUCGAGUGGCGGCUCCUCGUCCGGCUCCCAGCCCAGCCCCUCGGGCAACUACAUGCCCCACCAGACUCCCACCCCGAGCUCGACGCCCGUGAGCGACAUGUCUCCGGGGCCGCAUGGACUCUCCCAGAGCCCGCCCGUGGCGCCCAUGGUGGGCAGCUGGGACGUGAAGCCCCCCAUGCCCCACCACCCCCAGAGCCACCACCCACCCCACCAUCCGCCUCACCCCGGGUACAUGCCUCAGUACUCGUGGUACCAAGCGGAGCCCAACCCCGGGCUGCUCACAGUUUGGCCAUAACGCUGACCCUGGGGCCUAGCGACGAGUGCCAGCGAGCGGCGGCGAUACUUGGCACAUGGCGCGCUCUAGCGGGCGCGGCAGGCGCGUAACGACUGCGGCUCCUUCCGGUUCCUGGAUACAAGAGAGGAAGAACGAAAAAUUUGUUGCACGUGACUGAAUGGAACUGAGCCGGCACCUAAAAUAAUAAAAUUAUUAAACUAUAUUUCACAAGGCGGAGUACUACUUAAUAAGCCGUUGGAAGUAGAAAGCGAAAAUGGACCGCGGUGAGAAUCUUUUGUGAUCCUUGUUUAAGCCAAUCAGAUCAUGGUCUACUUCCCGCUGCCUCUCUCACCCACUUUACUACUGCCGAGUGCAAUUGUUCACUGUUCACUUUCGAACAAUUAAUUGCCACCUCAAAUCCUCUUUUGAUACUGAUUUAGUCUAAUGUAAGCCGUGUCUUGGAGAUUGUCUGAUUGUGGCGUGUUUUGCUCUUUAUGUUUGCAUGGAUUGACAAGUACUUACAAUCAUGUCGAUAUUUACGCUUUGCCUUUUGGUCAAAGAUCGCCGAC